UUUCUCAACUGCACUGGAGCGGAAACAAGGCGUUAAGGGAGGUUACUGCAGGCUACGCACAUCCGGGGCCGACCCUGGGGCUGUCUCCCGGUGCUGGUGUGUAGGCUGGGUAAUCGUGCAUUUCCUCUAUCAGGGUGACAACAACAUCUGAGAAACAGAAUACGGGAGAACCAGAGCCCAUGGCUGAUCCUUCUGCACCUAGCCCAGCCUAGGGAUCACUCCCAGCACCUCUCCCUGUGACUGGUAUCACAAGGGAGACUUAGGAACUUGCAAACAUUUCUCCAAGACAUGAAGCUUUGGGGGCGAAUACUUUGGACCCUUCUAUCUGGUCCCAGGGGAAGGAUGGGAGCCUCCCAGGGUUGGUCCUUCAACUCAUGGAAGCUUCAUUCAUCUCUGACUGGACUGUUGAGUGCCACAGGGGUGGCCAGCCGGUGGACACAGGUCUUUGAGGAAAGAGGUAUCCCAGAGGCCCGGGAAUCCAGUGAGUACAUCGUGGCUCAUGUCCUUGGAGCCAAAACAUUUCAGAGCCUGAAACCAGAACUUUGGACCAAGCCACUGACCCCUAAACAACUGCAGUGCAUCCAGGAACUGUGUAGCCAUCGAUUACAGAGGAUGCCGGUGCAGUAUAUCCUUGGCGAGUGGGACUUUCAGGGGCUCAGUCUGAAGAUGGUACCCCCAGUGUUUAUUCCACGGCCAGAGACUGAAGAACUGGUUGAAUGGGUUUUAGGGGAAGUGGCCCAGCAGCCCCCUGCAGUGGGAGCCCAAGGUGGUCCCCUCAUUCUGGAGGUGGGCUGUGGAUCAGGAGCCAUUGCCCUCAGCCUACUGAGUCAGCUCCCUGAGAGUCAAGUCAUUGCUGUGGAUAAGGAAGAAGCUGCUGUUAGUCUGACCCAUGAGAAUGCUCAGAGGCUUCAGCUGCAGGACAGGAUUCGGAUCAUUCCCCUUGAUGUAACCUCAGAAGGGUGCUGGACCCACCUUUUGCCCUGGGGCCCUGUGGACUUGGUGGUCAGUAACCCUCCCUACAUCUUCCACAAGGACAUGGAAGAGCUGGCCCCAGAGAUCUGCAGUUAUGAAGACCCGGUGGCCCUGGAUGGUGGUGAGGAAGGCAUGGACAUUAUUACCCACAUCUUGACCUUGGCACCCCGGCUCUUGAGUGCCUCUGGAAGCAUCUUCUUAGAAGUGGACCCAAGGCACCCAGAGCUUGUCAAGAGCUGGCUUCAGAGCCGGCCGGACCUGCACCUUAGUCUUGUGGCUGUACGUAAAGACUUCUGUGGGAGGCUCCGGUUCCUGCAUGUCCAGAAGUCGGCACCAUAGUGUGGCUACUAUGUGAACAGCUGGCCAGGAUUCUAGCCUGCUGGGUGCCUGGCUGAUCCUGAUGGAAUACUGUUCAGAGAGAGGUGUUAAUGCUUUCCAGAACCCCAGGCAUGGUUCUGUGAUUCCCUACGAUGGAUGCUUCUAGGAGACUUGGAAACAAGGAUGGAGUGUUCUUCCUGGGGGAGCAGAGAACAGACUCAAGAGCUGGGUUUCCAGCCUAGCUCUUUCCCCUCAGUGUAGCAGGCUACUUGGUGUGUUCCUGUCACUGGAAUUGCUAUGAAGAUAUUGGGAAAUGUGGCCAGUAAAGUAUUGAGAGAGCAAUAAAUGGUAAACCAGU